AUGUCCAACUCCCAGCCCUACGGCGGCAGUGCACAGAAUGGCCUGAGGGAAUUUGACGAUCGGUGGGCGCGCGGUCUGACGGCACAGUUCGAGGGCCUGUUGCGGACGAAGCGGCUGAAUGAACUGGAACAGAGGAUCUCGCCGAGAGAGCGGAGGACCUCGGAGCGCCCCUCAACUGCCUCCCAGCCAUCACCACGAUCCGGCAGUCGGCCUGCGACUCCCUCUUCUCAUUCCAGCCCAUCCCCCCCACCGUAUGCCUCGCUAAGGCACCAAGCCAAGGUCCCCUCGCCACCGGCCGAUGCGCAGUCGCAGAAAUUCCGGAACCUCCUCAUCUCGUUAUCAUUGACCCCUACCAAGUACGAAAACCCGGGACUGCUGGAUGAGGCAUUGCAGGUGAUUCCCCUGGAUCGGAUAUAUGGCGAGGCAGAGGAGGAGAGUCAAGUGCUCCAGGCUCAGGCGGAGAGCAUGGGCGAUGGACGCAAGCCGGAAUGGGGCUACCAAGACUGUGUCAUCCGCGCAUUACUGAGAUGGUUUAAGCGCUCGUUCUUUUCCUGGGUCAACAACCCGCCGUGUUCAGUGUGUCUCUCGCCAACAAUUGCGCAAGGCACGACACCACCUACGCCCGAGGAGACGGCAUACGGAGCCCUUCGAGUCGAGUUGUAUCGAUGUUCGGCUGGUGACUGUGGUGCGUACGAGCGAUUCCCACGAUACGGCGAUGUGUGGCGGUUACUGCAAACACGGAAGGGACGAUGUGGAGAAUGGGCAAACGCGUUCAGCAUGCUGUGCCGAGCCGUCGGAGGACGGGUGCGAUGGGUAUGGAACGCCGAAGACCAUAUCUGGACGGAAGUCUACUCGGAGAUGCAACAACGGUGGAUCCACGUCGAUGCUUGCGAAGAGGCGUGGGACAACCCGCGGCUGUAUGCCGAGGGCUGGGGAAAGAAGAUGUCAUACUGCAUUGCCUUUUCGAUGGAUGGAGCGACGGAUGUGACGAGACGCUAUGUCCGCAAGCCUGAGCAAGCCCUUGAGCGGAGGAGGUGUCCCGAAGAAGUUUUGCUUCACAUCCAGAACGAGAUUCGUAGUCUUCGCCGCUCGAACAUGGCCAAGGAUGAACGCUUCAGGCUCGAGAAAGAGGACCGCCGGGAGGACAAUGAGCUGCGAGGCUACGUCGUUGUUCAGAUUGCAGAGGCCGUUGCGUCGUCUCUUAUCCGACCAGGUGACCCGUCUAUGAUGGCACUUGCUCCCCGUCAACAGCAGGAUCAGAAACUGCCGGUGGAGCAGCCUGCUGGAAGACAGAGCGGUGCCCAGGAAUGGGUCAAUGCCAGAGGAGAGAAUGGCCAGCGACGCAAUGAUGAGAGUCGAGAUCCUUCACAACGCAGCUUCUGA